AUGGCCGGACACACUGCUCUCCUCCGCCGCAAGGCGCCGACUGAUUUCGAUGAUCAGUCACAACUCACCACCGGCGGGCAACGCAAACGACAGAAGUUGAGCCACUCGGAAGGUGGCAGCACCUACGCCGUCUCGCUGUACGAGGCGGAAUACCAGCUGAGCGACGAGAAGCUCACCGAAGCGGAGACGAUUCGCAAGACGCGCGAGAUGAUCUGGCGCGCCAAGCAGACGGCGGUCAAGGAUAGAAAGAUCGCCGCCCUCCUGAGUGCCAACAGCAAACUGGCCUCAGAGAACACUGUGCUCCGCACCGGAAUUGCCGCGAAGAGGCUGUGCGCGGCGCAACGAAAGCGCACAUCCCAACUCAACGCACAACGCGAUGCACUCGUGUUCGAGGCGCGGCUCAGGGACGAUAACAGAGUCGCGCACAUUCGGUACCUGCGACAACUCAUGGCGGGCCACAAGGGCAGCGUGAUCUCGCUUGAGGCCGAGGUCAAGUCUCUGCGCGCAGAGAUAUCACAGGCUGAGGAAGAAACACGACAGCCCAAGGCCACCACGCCGCCUACGGCGUACACCCAGACUCCCUCGACUUCUGCAAGCUCUUUCCGCGCGGGAGCAACAUGGUCCGCGGGCACCACGCCAAUGGAGUACGAUCAGACUCCAUUGACCCCUCCACAUUCUCCCGAGGUGGAGAUGGUGGAUGCUCAGGACUCGUCGGGGUCCUGGAUGAGCUCACCGACGCCGUCCGCAAGGGGAACACAGUUCCCACCGUCCAACAUGAGCGCGCAGCUCCCACCAUCCUCCCAGGGAAUUCGCAUCCAAGGCCUUGCUGCGUCGAGGUUUGCGCCUCCGCAAGCAUCACAGGAUGAUGUCACCAUGGGUGACGAUCCGUCGCCCUCGCCGGUAGCUGGCACAAACAAUCCCGUCCAAGCUACGACUGGCCACCCUGCAGCGCCAUCGAACCCUGUGCCACAAGGCACUGGUGGUUUCAAGGAGAAAAUGGCCGCGCAGUCGGCCGCAAUGCCUCCGGCGAACGCCCCGAAGAAUGCUCCCACUGCGCCAAAUCCCGUCCAGCGGGCUGACGGCAGACCGCCAGGUGCGCAGAAACUGUUCCCUGCCCGUGCGAAGCCUGAUAUCUUCACGCCGAAGCGUCCGUCGGCCUUGGCGCAGGUUACGUCGUCGGCGUCGAUGAGCGCCGCUGGCAGCUCUCCGUCGUCGACUCGGCCAGCUGGCGCGAAUACUGGCGCUCCAGCAGCAGCAGGCCAUACUGCACACACGAAGGCACCAGCCGCCGCGCAACCCUUCUCGAGCCAAAUGACGCCGCCGAACCCAGGCCUUUUCUCCCCGGUGAGCAACGUCUCUGUCACGAGUCCUAGUUCCCAGGGGGCCGCGUCUACCACCAGCCUCAGCACGUCCCAGGCGAAGCCGGGAACAUUUGGAGUAUCGAGCCAGCGCGCGCCUGCUCCUCAAAAUACCGCCAAUAAUGCCCAAUCGCCACAAUUUGGUGCUACACCCACGCCGGCCACCAAUUGGGCACCCAGCGUGAAACCAGGGACCUUUGGACUGUCGAGCAAGCCCGCUCCUGUCCCCCAGAGCACCGUCAAUAGUGCUCAAUCAUCACAGCCUGGUGCUACAUCCGCACCAGCCACCAAUUGGGCGCCCAGCGCAAAACCAGGCAAGGGAAGUCGGGAUGCUGUGAUUUUGGGGAGCGAGAGCGCCGCUGAGGAGAAGAAGCCGACAGAACAUCAACAUCACCACCAGACUGCUACUGUGGAAAGCGAUAGAGAUAUCCCCACCGCAGAGCAGAUCUGGAAGAAGACGCAGCUAUACUCACAAACACACCACCACCCACCAAAAACAACAAAAAACAACAACAACAAGACGCCUGACGCGAUAGGUCGAGAUCUCCAUCUCCCCGCCGAAGAGCCGAUUCUGGAAACUCCCCAAGCGUUCCUUACCAACAAACAAGAAGACAAUGGAGGAAAGGAAGCCAGGAUUGCUGCUACUGCUGCUGCUAUGGGUUGA